AUGUGGUUAUUCCGAGCUCUUUCCUCUGCGACCUUCCUCUUGUCGAUAAUCCUCUCCAUACCUAUAGCCUUCGAUGUUGGAGGUCGAGAAUGCGGCCUGGCAUUCUCCCUCGCCCUUUUCGAGUUCUACUUAUUCUAUUCGACGUUAAAAUUAACGACGCCUGAUAAUUCGAGGAUACGAUGGGCAUUAAUACAACUUAUUGGGUGGGCGCAGUGGAUAAUACUGCCAGGGUUGUUAAUCUGGAGCAUGAAUCGAUUUGCAGUAGACGCAGAUAGUGAUGGGGGCUGGGUUACUAGGACCUUUGAUGGCAAGCGUGCGAAAGAUAAGGAAUUAAAAGAAUGGGUUUUUGGCUAUGGAGGUCUUCUUGAAAUGUUGACAGUUGGAACAUGGGAUAAAGUUUUACGAUAUUCAACACCGUUGUUUCAAAUGGCAGAAGGAUUUUGCUCCCUUUUGGUCAUCCAAGCAGCGGGUCAAAUCACAAGAUACCUUGUAAAUCGCAGAAGUGAUUCAUGGAUGAUUGGGCUACUUGUGCUAUCAGCCUCAAUUAUUUCAAGUGCUGUUUAUUUCUUACUCCGUAUCACGGGGUUUCCGCAGAUCAGCAACGUCGAUGCUACACUUAUAGGCAUCACUAUGACUUGCGCAGUCUUUUUGUGUGCAUGGGGUAUCGGAAGUGGUAGAGGUAACCCAGUGGAGAGCUCCCUACUUUUCGCUUACUGCACACUUUGCAUAUAUCAAAUAUUCACCGACUACCUUCCAUCGGCAACGGAUGAGAUUCCCCAAGCACCCGUUCAACCCGAUUUCCCACCAUUCCCUCCUAUCAUCAUGGCUUCUUACUCAACUCUUUUGAGUGUUUUAUCAACAAUGCCAUCUUUCGUCCAUUCAAGCUUUUACUUUCUAUACGCAGCCUUCCAGACAAUCACUCCCUCGAUCAUUAUAUCGCUUGCAUUCCGGGUUUUUGUAUUCUAUGCAGCCACCCGGAUUAUACCAGCGAUACGCGAGUCUGGAGUUGGAGCACUGUCUCAGGAUUUAGGUCUUGACGAGAGCGAAGGAGAGGGUAAAAUCUUAGGACUACUAAGCUGGUUUAGUCCCUCAAUAUUGAUUGCUGUUUACACUAGCUUAUUGAUGCAACAUUUCUCUUCUGUCACUUCUGAGGGAAAUAUGGGCGAAUGGUGGAUGAUGCAAGGUGGUAACACCGGUGGUAAUAUAUGGCGUUGGAUUAAUGUUUCAGCAACGAUGGCUCUUUAUGCCCUGGAGCUAUACUUGGCAAAGGAAGAUAUGGAUGGAUCUCUCACUGGGCAUUGGAAGAUAGAUUGA